ACUAGGACUUGACUCAGACAGCUGUACAGUAGCUGUCCAAUCGCCGGCGCCGGUGCCGGUUAGUAAUGCUGAAUUCCGACAACCUGCGGGUCUUUCGUCAUAUGGGCUGGCCCAAUUUAACUAAUGGGCGGGCUAUAUUGGGCCGAAGGAUACUUGUGUGGGCAUCGAUGCCUAGAGUCCAUUCUUGAUCAUUCGUCGCCGGAGACUCGCAAUCGACCGUCCCGAUGAUCGCCGCAGCAUAAUCACGAAGCGGAAUCGAAUAAUUGCUGAUUCCGAUAUACUAUUGUUCCUCCUCCUCCUCCUCUUGCUAUUAAGAUUGAAGAGAUGUGGCAUAGGUCGGCCUCCUUCAUUCUCGACAAACAGCACCAAAACGACGACCCCUUAUCAAACCCUCCUCAAUCUGCCAUGGCUGCCGCGCAACCCGAAAACCCUAACCCUAAGAUCUCAAUGUACUACCAGACACGCGCUGCCCACCACGGCGUCAUCACCAGUGAUUGGCUCGCUCAGGCGCAGGCCGCCGUCGGCGGGUUACCCGAAGACUCUGUCUCCGACAAUUAUGUAUCCAGUGGGGAAGAAGAGAACAGGGGUUUUAGCGUGAUUGAUGAGUUCAAUAAUUGGCGCAAACAGCCGGACUUGGCCGAGGCUGUUGCGGCUAUUAGGGCUUUGGCCUCCGUCAUCCGUUCGAGUCAAGCUACCACCAUGAUGGAACUCGAAAUUGAGCUCAAGAAAGCCUCUGAUUCCCUGAAAUCAUGGGACACUACCUCCAUCUCUUUAACAGCCGGCUGUGAUCUUUUCAUGCGCUAUGUGACAAGAACUUCAGCAUUGGAAUAUGAAGACUUCAAUUCGGCUAAGUCUCGACUUCUUGAGCGUGCCGAGAAGUUUGGUGAGAUAUCAUACAAGGCUCGGAGAAUAAUCGCCAUGCUCAGUCAAGAUUUUAUUUUUGACGGCUGUACCAUUUUGGUGCAUGGCUUCUCUAGAGUUGUGCUUGAAGUUUUGCGAACUGCUGCACAGAAUAAGAAGCUCUUUCGAGUUUUCUGUACAGAGGGGAGACCUGACAGAUCAGGACUCCGGUUAUCCAAUGAGCUGGCGAAACUUGAUGUUCCUGUUAAGCUCCUAAUUGACUCUGCUGUAGCAUAUAGCAUGGAUGAAGUAGACAUGGUAUUUGUCGGAGCAGAUGGAGUUGUUGAAAGUGGAGGCAUUAUUAAUAUGAUGGGCACCUACCAAAUUGCUUUGGUUGCUAAAAGCAUGAGUAAACCGGUUUAUGUUGCUGCUGAAAGUUACAAGUUUGCUCGACUCUAUCCGUUGGAUCAGAAGGACAUGGAGCCUGCGCUGCGCCCAAUUGAUUUUGGGGUACCAAUUCCAUCCAAGGUUGAGGUUGAAACAUCUGCUCGGGAUUACACACCUCCACAAUACCUGACCUUGCUCUUUACAGAUCUAGGAGUUCUAACACCAUCUGUGGUAAGCGACGAGCUUAUCCAGCUAUACCUGUAGCAUGGCAUGUCUAACAGAUCAAAAUUCUCUAGUCAUGCUCAAUUUAGUAUAGUUACAAAUCUUUGUUUUGCUCUUUGCUUUCUGACUUGCAAGAAAAAUGCUUAAUUAUGUAAUGUGUUCUAAAUGCCAGCUAGUUAUUAUUAUACUUCAUUCUUA